AUGGGCGGGCGCACGCACUUCACCGUGCUCGUCUACCUCAACGGUGGUGACCGAGAUCCCAAGGAUCUGCAGGUUCGUGGAGGCGAGACUGUCUUUUGGAAGGACCACGACGGCAAGCGCCCCGCACUCGCUUUUCCACCCACACGGGGCGUUUGCCUCUUCCAUGGCCAUGGGGAUGAGUGCAUGACCCAUGAGGGCGCGGGUGUGGAGGAGGGCGUGAAGUAUGUGUUGCGCACCGAUGUCGUGUACGAGCUGGAGAAAUAA